AUGGCCUUGCCUCCUGUCUUGCACCUAGGCCCGCACGAGCUGCAGCUCUUCCCUAUUUGCCGCAGUGCCGAGGUCGAGCCCGGCAGGCACCGCUGCAACGGCAGUCUCCUGACGGGGCUCUGCUUUGUGGGUGAGCUUCAGACGGACGCCGUCGGCCCCAGCGUCGCUGAUGUCGCCGCUGACUUUGACUCCAAUCGUAGAAAAGCGUCUAUUUUCUGGUACUACUCGCCGCUCUUCCAAUUUGAACGUAAGAGAAUCCGGGUCGAAGAGGGCGUCAUCGAGGCUGCGCUCACAAAGGAAGCAACAGCACGCCAGCAGGCCGACGCGAACUCUCCAUCACUCACGUUUGGCGGCCCGGAGGCGGUCAAGCGCGAGGAUUCUUGCUCGACGCGUUCGAGUGAGGCGUCGAGCGCGGCACCCUCCGUGACCCCUGCCACCGCUCUUCCAGCGCUAUAUCUUCGUGUCGGCAACUCUACGACAUUUCGCGAGUACAGGUUGGUGAAAGAAGGGCGGUACAGCACAGCCCUUGGUGGUUCUACAGAGCUGCGCGCGCAGAGCGAUGCGGGUGUUGCCGGCGACGAUGACGGGGACGUAUCCGAGCGUGCAACGCACAAGCCGCCAACUCUGCGACCCUUGGCACCGCGGCGACCUACGCUGAGACCGAUCGACGCGCGACCAGAUGGCAGCAGUCUACGAAGCCUGGCGCGACUAGCCCACAAGCGAAAUGCUGCACUGCGCCGAUGCGGCGCUCCCGCCAGCGCACCGACGCAGCGUCACGCUGCACCGGUGGAGGAUGAGGUGAAGGCUCCGCAGCGGCCGAGUCCCGUCAGCACAGGCGCCAGGACUGCCAUUGCCACUGAACCGGCGCUUCAUCCACACCUUGAAGGGGGCAACGAACUGUGCGAGGCGGUGCCUUUCCUGCGAAUUCCCCUCUCGUGCGGAGAGGACUCGCGGGCCUCUCCGCGCGUGCGGAACGAAGGGAAUAUACCACCGUUGGCGUCGCUUGUAGACCACUGCGAAUCCCCAGAGAUGUGCGCGCACAAGGCCGUCCCGAACGGCAGCCACACUUUCAGCGCAGCCGGCGUCUCGAGUGUGUCCUCGGCGUUCCUCUCCAGCUCCCUUUCCCUAUGCAUUCCAUCCCAGUCCCCGACCGACACCCGUUGCACCGCGCGCUCCGCAGAAACGGACACGUGCGACCUCCACUCCUCAACUAAGGUCAGCGGCUUGUCUGGCCGCUUCCUCUACGAUGUCCACCGGCAUUCGCGGGAGAUCACUUGUCUUGUGUGUGCCGUCUGCACCCCACUGUCGCAGAGGACGUCUUUUCCGACGCCUACGCCGGCGCCGAAGCCUGGCUUGACGCAAAACCUUGCGCUUCGCACGCUCGGCAACAGCAGCGAUGGCAUGCCGUGCUCUACCCACGUGCCACACGGCUCCGAAGCCCAGGGAAUGCAGUUGGAGGUAUAG